UCACGACUAGCGUGGUUGAAUUGCAUGGCCCACACGUGAUUGAGCCACUUGUUGACAGCUGUUUACGCUUGCGUUGUUGUUUGUUGGAUUUACGAUCGCGUCCUCAUCUACAUCUUUAUAGGUCUAUUCAACCAGGGCGCGUCCUUCUGCAUCAAAACUACCGCCAGAGUUGAUGGCUUUUUGCCGCAGCUGUGGCGACAUUGUUACACAAGACAGGUGCAAGAAAUGCGGCGGUCUUCCAGCUGAACCUUCCGUGAGAUUUGGAAAGAGGAAACCAGGUGUGGGUGAUAGUUGGUCCAAAACUUAUGUUCAAGAAUCCGUACCCACAGAACCAGAAUCGAAGCCCUCGACGUCAGUUCCCGAAAAAACCACCUCCACUAAUUCCCGUUCACGAACUGCAUCUACGACUCCGGUUGACGAUACUCAAACCUUUGUAUCUCGUACAGCCAACAAGUUUCCUCGCCGACAGAGCCAUCAUUCUGGAAACUCACUAGUGGGAAGCAAAAGCCGUACUUUUGAGAAAAUCCAAUCUCACAUCAACAGCGUGACAUCUUCUCGCCCUCUUAAGCACUCUGUCGCACCAGGCGCCGACACAAAUGAUGGUACGACGAUAGUUAAAUCUCACGUUACUGGGGCGCUUGUCAAAGUGUAUGGCACCGUUCUGGGUCGACCUGAGACCCUAAAAUCGUUCAUGUGCAAUGGGUGCUCAAUGACGUUCCUCCCCGACCAAACAAUAUAUCCUUCGCCUUCAGAACCCGGAAGAUACCUGUGCCAGGAUUGUUUUCGGAAUGAUUCUGCUGCCUCACGGGGCACUUGUGAGGAAUGUCAUAAACCAGUGUACGCGCUCGUCAAGGAGGAAGGUGGUAAACCUGUAGAGAAUGCUGGACGCAUCUGGCACCCGUCAUGUUUCCGAUGCACUGGUUGCGGAAAGGACAUUUCAAAGAGUCCAAUGGUUGAUAUUACAGGCAAACCAUGCUGUGAGACGUGUUUUGAUGAAUGCCUUCGGGCUGGGUCACCAAGUCCAAAGCGGCAUCGGACGCGCUCCAGCGCAAGUGUUGGUGGCGUACGUCAGAGCGCGAAAGAAGGUUCCCCCAGCAGAGAAGGAAGCCCUGUUGUCGAGGAGCUCGAAUUGCGGCUGGGAAUCACGAAGUCCAUUUCAGGUGCUUCCUCCCCCGUCUCCAGGGAUGUCCCGAAACCGACACCACGGACAAAUGGGGGACUCAGCCCUACCAUCGAGCGCCUAACUAAAAGACUGGACUCACUCAUCAAGGCACAGGCCGAACCACUACCACCUACUACCCCAUCUCCCCCACCACCUCCUCGAUCCGAAGUUGCGACCACCUCCUCCCUUUCGCCUUUAACACGUUCGCUCGUCAACUCCUCGCUGGCAAAUAGCUUGAGCACGCAGUCAUCUUCAUCCAUGUCACCCAGUGUGGUGGACUCAGAUGCUUCGUCCGUUGUCUCUGCCCCAUCUACGGCUUUCACAUCUGUCUUAAACUCGCCACCAAGCCCCUCUGGGAAAGAUUUACUAGAGGAUAUUGGUGCCAGCGGGUUCGAUGCGGAUGAUGAUCGCAGCACCACACCUUCCAUCACUCCCAUCCGCAGGUCUGCUCAUAGGAGCCGUCCUAGCUUGAUCCCAACGUUCAGAGGUACACCUGACUCGCCCAGACCUUUGCCGAUUCAGACCCCACGAACAAGCGAAACAUCAAUCUCAUCGCUUCCCCUUGGACGCGAAAGCGUCAAGCCUCGCUGGAGUACACCCUCUUCUGUACUCAAUAUUUCUCCAUCUGUUCUCUCAGGCUCAACCUUACCCGAAGAACAAGUCCGUUCUCCUCUCACUCGAGCCAUCAUUAUGAUGGACUCGCCGCUAGCGAAAGUUUCAACACUGCCAAGGGUGAUAACACCACAGAAACGGGUGGCUGGGACUUCAUCAAAAUUGCCGACGCCGUCUACAUUAUUAAAGGGUGUGGCCAAUAUAACUACCCCGCCAAGUGGGAGUCAGAAGGUUAAUUCGCCUCGAACACCCUCUAGCCUCUCUUCUCCGCUUCACAAAUUUACAACCCCAGAAGCCCUCUUGAAUGCUAAGUGUGAUGGCUGCGCUCGUCCACUCCUAGUGCAAGAUAUGAGAGGUCGCAUUGUUACAGUCCCAAAGUCCCGCAAAGCAUCCGACGACGACGAUCAGGAAGUUGAAUCCGUUUCGAAUCGCGAUAGUGAUAAGGACAUCCACGUAGAAAGAUAUCACCAUGCAUGUUUCAGAUGCGCCACGUGUGGUGAUAACUUCGGCGAAUUGGAUGGCAGAACUAACUUUGUAAGGGAGAAUGGGAAAGCGGUUCAUGUUUCUUGCGCAUCGCCAUUGCGAACGAUUCGCAAAGAGUUCCCAGUCCCAUCAAAUGGUCGCGAGGUACCGAAAUAUGACCGCAUGAGCACGGUCCCACCAAAUUCCAAGAUUCAAGCACCGAAGUUCGGUCUGAGGGAGAAGGUCCGAUCUUCGCCUCGAGCGGUGACUCCUCCUGCGCCAGUUUCUCCUGUGUCAUCGGGUCGUUUCGCCUGUGGUGGAUGCAGGCGAACUGUAUUCCAGAUGGAGAAAGGCGUUGUACCAGGUCCUCAGGGCAGCAAGUGGCAUUUAGGGUGUCUUGUCUGUGGUGGGAAGGACUGGCGAGCUCGUAAGGAAGCUCAGCGACUGAAUGGAGACCCGCAGGCAGGUUGUGGCAAGAAGCUUGACAGCCAGGCAAGAUCCGACCGCGAUGGCCAAGUGUGGUGCAAUGAAUGCUUGCUAAUGCUGCCUGCCGAGCUGAGGGCUCGUCGGUCGCCGAGUAGAGGGGCUCUUCAGCCGAAUGACACCGGCAAUGGGGGAAAGAUAAGUCUUACCUUCUCGCCGACGCCUACCAGCGGAGGGAGAGUUGGCACACUGGUCACUCAGUUUACUGGAGGAUCAACUGGACCGCUCUCUCCAUCUUCCACCUCGUCCAGUUUCGCGUUCCCAGACGUCAAUGAUUUAGCUCCGUUACGGACCCACUUCACUGGUACAAGAUCAGCUAGUCCUGUUCGCCGUCAGUUCACGGGAACAGGUUCUUUCGUUACUUCCGCAAUCCGAACUACGGCUCCACUCAAGAUGCAAUCCACUGGAGGAAACAUCCUGAGCCCACAGACCACGGGUGGUGUUUCUCGUCGUCCGAUUUCGGUUCUUGGGAUUAGGAGCAUAGCACCUUUGAAGACACAUGCAACGGGUGAAGCCGGGACUUCACCCUUGGAGCCUCGGACCACUAGUCCCCUAAAGCUGAGACCUAAGUCGGUGCUUGGUAUCAGAUCUAGUGGGAUUAGUAAUCGAGGCAUUAAACUAGUCCAACAAAUGACCGGGGGAAAUUCUUCCAGGUCAUAGAGUGGACGGAAGUAUUAGCUAGAUUUCAUCUAUAUAUUCGUGAAUUUAAGGACCGUACAUGUUAUGUGGUUUCCCUGCUUGCUCUAUAUCUUGUUUUGCUCAUGUUUCAAUCAUUUUUGCAUUUGUCUUUUCGGUACUACUGCUAAACUAGAGUGCUUGCGCUUCGCUUGACUCUGCACAGCCCUUGUUUCCUUUCACUUGUCCCAGCAUGAAUC